GAACUGAAAUUCUGGGCUUCCAUUACAAGCUGCUAUUUGAAUAGGACACAUCGAGCUCACGACGGAAGGUUUUGCGGUCGGUACUCCGCUCGCUGCCCUACGGCGAGGCUCAGCCGCGAAUGGAAGGAGCAACCGCUUUAUCACGGGAUUCCCCGACCAUCAAACCCAUCAACAAGGGCGUCGUCCACCGAAUCUGCGCCGGUCAGGUCAUCCUCGACCUCUCCUCAGCCGUCAAGGAGCUGGUGGAGAACAGCCUAGACGCCGGCGCUACCAGCAUUGAGGUUUCCCUCAGAGAUUACGGGGCUGAAUCCUUCCAGGUCAUAGACAAUGGUUGUGGCAUUUCUCCUCACAAUUUCAAGGUUUUGGCAUUGAAGCAUCACACAUCAAAGCUAUCAGAUUUUCUUGAUCUUCAGUCUUUAGCGACUUUUGGGUUUAGAGGGGAAGCUUUGAGUUCCCUUUGUGCUUUAGGAGAUUUGACAGUAGAGACUAGAACAAGGAACGAACCCGUAGCAACACACUUAACUUUCAAUCGCUCUGGGCUUCUAAUGGAAGAGUCAAAGACGGCACGCCAAGUUGGUACCACUGUCACUGUUAAGAAGUUAUUCUCCAGUUUACCUGUUCGAAGUAAGGAGUUUCAUAGAAACACCCGCAAGGAAUAUGGGAAGCUCAUCACUUUGUUGAAUGCUUAUGCUUUGGUUGCUAUGGGAGUUAGAUUGCUUUGCACGAACACAACAGGAAAGAAUGCAAAAUCGGUAGUGCUGAAAACUCAAGGAAGUGGAUCCCUGAAAGAUAACAUCAUUGCAGUCUUUGGGUGGGAAUGGAAGUGGGCGGAAUUCAGGGGAUCGCCAAUUCUUCUUUGUUAAUGGUCGACCAGUUGAUAUGCCCAAACUCUGCAAGCUUGUGAAUGAACUCUAUAGAGCUGCUAACAGCAAGCAAUUUCCCAUUGCAAUCAUGAACUUCACCAUUUCACCUCAAGCCUACGAUGUGAAUGUCUCUCCUGAUAAAAGAAAAAUCUUUUU